AUGCCUCUAUUUUCCAACGACCGUCCAAUCACUCCUCCAAAAAUGGGAGGAAGUACAUUUCCCAGAACAGGUUCGCUGUGUGGAACCAAAUCUGAUAGUGCACCAAAGUCUCCAAAGGGUUCUUCCGGUGGUUCAUCAAGUGGAAGUGGCUCGGUCUCAAAGCUAUGUUCCAUGGCAAAGAAGAAUCCUGCCAAGAAAACUAAACCCAGUAGUAAUUCACAAGAUGGAUCGUCCAAAAAAGCUCGUCAGUACAAAGCUUCAAAUACAGUAAAGCACAUUUGGUGUCUUACUGUAGACCGGAAUAUAAUAGAAAUCUAUCCUGGUCAAAUGAUUUCAUAA